UUUUUUUUUUCUUUCAACAUAAAAAAAGAAUGGCUGACUAUUGGGUCUCACAACAAAGACAUUGGUGCAAAUACUGUAAAAAGUACAUACAAAACAAUAAACCCUCGAUUGCUUUGCACGAAGCUGGGGGUGCACAUAAGACACGCGUAGAGCAAUUCAUGCGUAACAUUUUCAAAAAGGGAAGACAGGAUCAAGAAGAUGCAGCGAAUAUACGUCGUGAAAUUCAACGUAUUGAAAUGGCAGCUGCUGGUGCAGUAGCGCUAGGGACUAAAAGUAGCAUGCCUGCUCCUUUACCGCGUGCGCCUUCUUCCUCAGCACCCGACAAAGUAUUAGACUAUCAUAUUAUACCUAAUGAUCCAGCCCCUCCUACCAUUCAAGAACUACGUCAACAAGCCAUAGCAGCAGGACUGCCAGUAUUACAGGGACGAGAAGAAUGGGCAUUGAAUAAGGAAGUUGCUAAAGUAGGUGAAUGGGAGACAGUGGAACCUGUUGCGCCACCUCCACCACCUCCUGCAGACGAAACAAACAAGAAGCAGGCUUUCACUACGCAUGAUCAAAGACCUGAAUUUCAAGACGAUGAUGAACAUGAUGAAGAGAAUCUACAUAGUUUCAAGAUAAGAGAAAAGGAAUUUCCUGCUGAUUUAGACAUUGCUCCCGAGGAAGAACAACAAGAAGGAGAAGUAGUGACAUUUAAGAAGCGUAAACUUGGCAGUGAUGAAUCAGGAUUUAAGGCCAGAAAGAAAAAGCCUCUUCGAAAGAAAUAAUAUUCAGGGUCUUUCUCCUGCUUUACUGCCUCCCCUUUUCUUAUUUAUAUAUGUAUAAAAUAAACCUUGUCUUAAAGACAGCAUGUGACUAGGAAG